CAUGAAUAAACCUAUUCAACCUUUACUUCCUAUGCAAGUAUAUGAUUUUAUUGGUAAACUUUACAUGGAAUUUUUUCAAGAAAAUCAAUUUCAAGAUAAAGCCUAAAAGAUCUAAUUAAUCUUGGAGAAUGAGAUGCAUAAGAAUUAAUCUUUCAUCAUACUUAUGAUCAAAUGGCUUCUAGAGUAUUAUAGGUAUUAAGUUAAACCAACUGAGCCUCAAAUCAAACCUGUUUAAAUAAUGAGGAGAAAACUAUUGAUGACAAUUGAUUAAAAUAAAUUGGAAGUGAAAAAGUCAUCAGAGUCACAAACUAAAAGAAUAAGAAUGUUAAAUUUAUCCAAAACUCCAGAAAAUGAUUAUAACACUCUGAGUUCGGCUAAUUAACAAUCAACCUUAAGGAGAAACAAAAUAAAUUAAAGACAGUUAUAUAAUGUGAUACCAGACUUGGAUUGGGAAAUACCUUGGGAUCGAUCAUAUAAAUUGUUAUACAAUAGAAACAAUAGAAUAUCUAAAUCUAUAUAAAAGCAUUUCAAUUGA